UAGCAUAGAUCCCUGUGAUCGAUUCAUCACAAGUAACAGGCACCAAUUUAUGCUUUGUCCAAAGUUAAUAAACAACAUUGCAGAGCAGAGAGUGCAUUUGUACUUCAGUCUUGGAACUAGAGUGAAAUGGAGAAAUUCAGGAGCAGUUCAAAAUCCCUGAUGAUGCAUGAAUUCCAGCAACCACCUGAGCAUCAAGUCCAUGCAGCUGGACGAGCUGUUGUUCCCCAGUCUGCAGCACAUGAAUUCCAGGACAGAGGUCAUGACAAGCCAGGCCAAGAUGAGUAUACCCGGAGUCAAAGAAGAAUGUUAAAAAAAUGCCAAAGCAGAUAUCUAGCAAGGAAGUUUUUCUAUCUGUGGGCAAAAAUGACAUUUGGACAAGUUCUCCCUUCCAAAGCCAGGUGUUUUUAUGAUCAGAAGAUUCUUAAAAAAACUUUUGGAGAGUGGAAGGAGCAGUGGACAGUUUGCAGAGAAAAGCUCACCCUCAUCAGAGCAGACAACCAUUACAGGCAUUCACUCCUUAAUUUGAUAUUUAAGGCUUGGAGAGCCUAUGCAUGCCAACAGCAAGGAAAGAGGAACAAGUAUUAUGUUGCAGAGUCUCAUGCAAAGAAACAAACUCUGCUCAGGACCUGGCAGCACUGGCUGGUUUAUGUUGACGUUCAAAGGACAAAACAUGGGAUGCAGUCUGUGGCGCUGGCAUUCAGGGAAAGAAGCUGUUUGCGCAUUUCAUGGGCAGUGUGGAGAAGACAACACUACCAGAAAUGCAGUGGACGUAAAAUGAAUAUUUUGGCUCUGCAGCAUUGGGCCCAGAGCCUGCAAUUUCGAGCUUGGUUGCAGUGGCGAGAGCUGUAUUUAUACACCCAAUAUGAGAAGCAGAAGGACACCAGGGCAGUAACUCACCAUCAGCACUGGGAAUUGAGGAGAUGUGUGAGAGCAUGGCUGGGAUACCUGAACCUCCACAGAGUAAAGAAACGCCAGAAUGAGCUGGCACAGGAGUUUCACCGAAGCCAGACGCUCCGGAGGUGCUUCUGCAAUUGGCAGCUGUCAUGGGAGUGCAGGAGAAGAGUGCAUGCUCACCAAAGGGACCUGGAAAAACAAGCAGCAAGGAUUGCCCUAUGGAGAGUCUUUGCACACUGGAAGCAUUAUGUUGUGCUGUGUGUGGAAGAGGCUCAGCAGUGUGAGCUGGCUGAGAAGCACUACAAGUGUCACCUGUUGGAACUUGGCCUUAAGGGUCUUCGGCAGAAUGUCCUGGACACUCGUCUUCAGCAGAUGAGAACAAAUCUGUCAUCCCAUCAGCAUCGAGUCACAGUGCUGCAGAGGUACUGGAACCGUUGGAAGUCUCGUUUGGAAGAGAAGGAGGAAGAACAGCAGCAGGCUUUAACAUCAGUGGCUCAUGCCCGUUAUAGGAGGGUGUUGAUGCAACAAGCAUUUGACACAUGGCUACUGAAGGUCUGCAAGCUGCAAGAAUAUCGGAUGGGAGAGAAGAAGGCUGUCCUUCAUUUCCAAAGGCGGCUCCUGCGCUGCUUCUGGUGCUGCUGGCGUGAACGAGCAGCUGCACGUUUGGAGGAGCAGAAGGGCUUGGUUUGUGCAGGAGAUCACUACAGAAACCAGCUGCUGCUAAAGGCCUUCUGUCUGUGGAAACAAAAGACUCAGCAGAGAGAAACAGAGAGGCUCAAGGAGACAGAAGCUUUAAGAUUUCACUGUUCAAAGUGUCUGCAGCAGGCUUGGAACAAGUGGAGAGAGUAUGUGGAACAUCAGCGUGAGAAAUGGAGGAAGUUGGUGCAGGCAGACCUGCACUAUCGACAUGUGUUGCUGGGCAAGACCUUGGCAGCUUGGAAGAUUUACCAACAGAACAUACAGUGCAUUCUGUAUCAAGUAGCUGAGAAGGAGAAACAGCACACUCGACUGCUGCUGCGACAGGUGCUGUGUACGUGGAGAGAAAAUGUCCUUGCUCUUAUACACGAAUCUAAGGCAACUAUUCAAGCAGAUGAGCACUACAGGAAAGCAAUCCUGUCAAAGGUGCUGCUGCAGUGGCGAGACACUGCCUGGCUACGAGCGUGUCACCGCCAUCUGAAGGUGACAGCUGUGGUGGAGGCCAGGAAACAUUUGGAGUUAGUGCAUUUACAGAACCUGUUUCUUCACUGGAAGGAAUUAAUGAGGGAGUCUCUGGUGCUGAGGGCUCAGCACCACAGGGCAGCACAGCACCACCAGCAGCACCUGCUCCAGAAGUACCUGGUGAAAUGGAAAAAUUAUCAUCAGCAGUGCCUUGGGAAAAAGCUGCUGCAGAGAAGGGGAGAUGAACUAAUGACUCAUAGACUUUGCUCUGCUUCCUUCUCUUGCUGGAAAACUCGGCUGUUGCAGCAGCAAUGGGAAAGGCAGAAGACAGUGCAAGCAUUAUGGCACUGGUCCCUUUCAGUGCAGAGAAAGGUAUUUGAUGCUUGGCUCAGGUUUGCCAAGGGACAGCAGGAGAGGAAAGAUGGCAUUGAAAAAGUCACAGGAGUUCACCACAAAACUCCUUUGAGAGGAGUAACCCAUGCCUUGAGAAACACUGCUGGCAUUGAACAGCUGCAGGGACAGCUCCAUACCCAGCACCAGCUGGAGAAGCAGGUGACAUUUAAAAAGCCUGAUGUUAGUCCUGAGACAAGAGGAGAUUCAUCAGAGGAAGAGCCAUGGCCUUCAAAAUACAGACAUCUACCACUUCACCCUGCUGAGGGGGGCUCAUUUCUCCGUGACCUGUCAGAGGUGCCCUUUCAGCUAACAUCUGUGAAUAAAUGUCCUGCACAGACUGGGAACUUAAUGCUGACACCUCACGUAGAAGAAAGUACCUGUAAAUGUCUGUCUCACAUGGGUAAUGCUGCUCAUCCCCAUCCCUCUCUCACUUGUGCUCCUCUCCCACUGUGGACACAGGACAUGCACCGAACUGGGCAGGGGCCACAGCUGUGGUCUCCUGCAUCUUUCAUGUCCCAAAUGAAAGCUGGCUCAGAAGAGAGAGGAAGUCAGCCUGUGAAUUGUCACAAAGGAGCCCAUUCCCAAGACUCUGAACAGAAUUCUGUGGAGAAAAAGUUGCGACCAAAUUUGCAGCCACAUUUGCUGUCACCUGAAGAUUUGAUGGGAAAAGGGAGUCACCAGACUGCAGCUGAAGGGGAAAAGAGGGAGCACAGUUCCAGAGAAGAAAUGUUGGAGAGAAAGGUGGAAGCUGAACUCCGACAGAUCCAGCAGCAGAUGCUGUACUACUACAGCAGGAAGCAGGAACUCAAGUGCUGUCAGCAGCAGGCAGAGAUUCUGCAGCAGUGGCUGGAAAUGAGCACACAACCAGGAGCCCAAGAUGGUGUGCAAGGAGUUCAGGAAGAAUUGGGUCAGUUGCAGGUGAGGAUCAGCACUCUCACCCAAGCACAGCUGGCUGACAGACAGCACGUGCAGGCCCUGCUUGCCCGCCUGCGAGACAUCCAGCUUGCCCUGGAUCUGUAGGG